AUGAAUAAAAGUUUGAGUCUUUCGUUUUCAAAAUCAUCUACUAAAGCUUCUUCACUAGAUUUAGACUCACCCCCAGAUCAAGAAAAUUCUCCAAUAUUAUCAUUUCUCGAAAAAUAAAAAAAGAGAGUAGUAUCAUACAUCAGAUUUAGAGUAGUGACAAUUUAAGUUUAAGCAAAUCAUGCAUACUAUAUGGUAAUGAAUAUAUGAGAUAAAUUUUAGAUAGAGGUUAAUGAAUAUGGAGCAAAGUGGAUUAUGAUGACUCGUUUUAGUGUUCUAUAGAAAUUCUAUAAGGGGUUAAGUAGACUCUUUGAAGUGAAAUGCACUCUUUCUUCGCAUUUUGAAUUCAAUCAAUUAAGUUCUAGAAACCUGAAAAAAAGAGCAAUAAAAAUUCAAACAUUUUUGAAUUAAAUUGGAAAGUAAAUUUAUUUAAUAUCAUUUAGCAAUUUCAAGAUUCUAAAUUCGAGGUAUUGCUAACAAUUUUUAAAUGAGUAAAAGUGUAUGGGAUAAAUGUUGAUUGAUUACACUAAAGAGCAGAAUCUCGUUUUAGAUGCUUGAAUACUUUUUUAUUAAUU